AUGAGAGUCAGCGGUGAGCUCUAUGCCCGCCUGGCUAUUCCUUCCAACGGCACCGUAAGACCUGAGGACGUCAUUCAGACCGAGGUUGUACCUCUCGUCGACCGGGCAGUCCCGAUCAUUGUGGUCAACGUGCUGUUGACGGUGGUUACGACGCUAUGGACCGGAAUGCGUCUCUACAGCCGGCGGAAAAAGGGGCAGGCAUUUACGGUUGAAGACUUUUUGACUGUUGUUGCGUUGAUCGCCUUCUACGGCUUGGUCGCAUGCAACUUCGUCAUGGUCUACUUGGGCGGAACCGGGCAUCAUUACCUAACCCUCCAGCCCUUUCACGUGGAACGCAUGUCAAAGGCCGCCUACGGUGUCCAAACCCUCUUCGCCAUUUGCCUCGGCUUCAUCAAGAUCGGCAUCACCCUCAUGCUCCAGCGCAUCUUCUUCGUGCGCACCUUUAAGAUCGCGGCGUGGAUAACAACGGGGCUCUGCGUCUGCUGGAUGUUCUUCACAAUCCUCAUCGGCAUUUUCAUCUGCCAGCCCGUGGCCAUGAACUGGGACCCGACAACCCCCGGCGGCACGUGUGGCAACCAGAACGCCGCUUUCGCGGCGGUGGGCUACUUCGAUCUCGUCACGGAUCUCAUCAUCCUCGUACUACCGAUCCCAAUGGUAUACAAGCUACAGCUGCGAUGGCCGCACAAGAUAGCUCUGUACGUCAUCUUCGGGGCUGGCGCGCUAACCAUGAUCUUCGGUGCCCUCCGUCUCAAGAACGUCCUGACCAUGGAUUUCACUGACGUGACCUACUCACAAGUCGGCGUCGUGCUCAUGGGGACCCUCGAGCCCGGCAUCGCCAUCAUUGUCUCAAGCAGCCCGCUGUUGAAACCAAUCUUCGACGCCACUGUCGGCCGCUUCUGGUCCCUUCGCGGCGCGACGACCAAAUCGGCCACGGGUGGAGGCACUGCGAAGCCCACAACGCUCCAGACCAUCGGGGGUUCCGGGCUCCUCGGUUCGAAGCUCUCCCGGGUGACGGGCGGCGGCGGCGGAAAGUUCAGCCAGAUGCACUCGACGCACAGCGACGAUGAGGACCUUGAGCUCGACAGGCUGCGGGAGAAGAGGCACGACGUUGCUGUCGUCGCGGCACAGGGGAGUCGGUCGGAGGAGAGCGUGGUCAGGGACUUCAAGGCUAGGGGGGACGACUCGUCGGGUUCGGACGUUGGGAUUUUAGUAAUGAACAAGACGAGUGUCGUCAGUGAGGAGAGGGGGAAAGCACUUUAG